AUUACUUACAUGCUUUUACCGUUAGCAUGCCGUUUUUGUCAGUUACAUAGAUUGUAGGCGGCUUAAAGCGUGAAUCGUCGCGAUUACCUAAUUAAGUACAUGUGUAUGUAUGUAUGUAUGAGACUACAUUAACAUUAGUAUUAACGGAGCAACAAAUAAUAAAAACAAAAGAGCGAAAAAGUAGUCGAUAAAAACACAUACAUACAAACAAACAUAACACGUACAAAUUGUGCGAACGAACAUUUUAUUCCCACGAGAAGCAAAUUUUCGAACAAAAACGUGACGGCAGCGGCGACAACAACAACAACGACAACGACGGCGAAUUAGCAAACAUUUUUGCGACGCAAAAACAAAUAUUUGGAAGGCCAAGCGAGCAAAACAGUCAUUGGUAGCAGCUGUUCUACGAUUCCCAGCUUACCGAUACGGUUCCCACUAAGGUUGUUCAUUGAUCCAUCGAUCCCUUCGAUCAUCGUUUAGAUUCUUCGCAUGUCGAGCACAACAAACACAAUUUGUGUGGGUGUUGUUGUUGUGAACAGCGAGCAGGAGGGCGAGGAAACACCGUAGCUAAAAAAGAAUUUGAAAGUUUUGCACUUCGGAUCUGCUGUAGUUUGGGGUACCGUCGGCGAGGGCGGGCAAGAAGAUGUCUGUGCGACUAUUGACGGUGCGGCUGGUGAAACAUGGUCGUUAUAUUCUGCGCAGCUAUUGGAAUCGUGAAAUACACACCAACAUUUUGGAACAAAGUCAUUUGAAGACACGAAGCAAGCGAGGCUUUCCCGUCGCAACAUCAGCAGCGUCCAAUGUUUUGCGAAACACUACACAGCAGGUGGCCAGAUCGGCGCCUUCAUCGGCUGCAGGUGCAUUGCCAAAAGCGGGCACUGGUCUCUUUCGCUUUGGCCAGCAUGCUCGCAAACUCUUCAUAGAUAAUAUAUUGAGUCGCGUGACUACAAACUAUUCGGAGGAAUUGCGUCAACGUGCGACGCGCAAACUCUUUUAUGGAGAUUCUGCACCAUUUUUUGCACUCAUUGGCGUUAGUUUGGCCUCUGGAGCGGGCGUCUUAAGCAAGGAAGAUGAGCUGGAGGGUGUGUGCUGGGAGAUACGUGAGGCGGCGAGUCGUUUGCAGGCCGACUGGAAUCGGGACGAGGUAUCUGAGAAGCUAAACAAGGAUUUUACCAUUGACAAUCUGGAUGUGGGGCCGCCCAUUGCAAAGGGCUGUGCGGCAGUUGUGUACGCAGCCGCCUUCAAGAAUGAAAGCAGCAUGGCUGGGGGUGGGGAUGUUGGUGACUUGGACAGCAGCAGCACCAGCGCCGAUAACAACAAGAGCUUGCCUUCCGCUUACCCAAGCAGUUGGCGUCAUGAGAUGAUGUCGCCUCUGCAAAAUAUGUCACGUUUCGUGCACAAUUUUGGCGGCUCUGUCGAUAACGUCUACAGCUAUAGUCAACGCUCAGCGGCUAGCGCAUUUGUCGAAGGCUUGGCAACGGCUAAGCAUGAAGAGGAUUCGGAAAGCGUCAAAAGUGACACUCCAAUCCUUCAACAGCAGGAGCAGCAGCCUGUGGACGGCAUGUAUGGCAAUGCCUACGGCAUGCAUACUUUAGAUGAUGCGAGCACGGCAGGCGCCUCAAUUAAUCGCUACCCCUUGGCUCUCAAAAUGAUGUUUAAUUACGAUAUACAAAGCAAUGCCUUGUCCAUUCUACGCGCCAUGUAUAAGGAGACAGUACCGGCGCGACAGCGUCGCAUGAACGCCUCAGCCGAGGAGUGGGAGCGUCUGCUGCAGAAUCAGACGCUGUGUCUGCCUCCACACCCUAAUAUUGUGUGCAUGUUUGGCUUCUUUUGCGAUGAGGUGCGCAACUUUCCCGACGGCCAUUUGCUGUAUCCCAUCGCUCAGCCGCAGCGCAUUAAUCCGCAGGGCUAUGGCAGGAAUAUGUCGCUCUAUUUGUUAAUGAAACGCUAUGAUAUGAGCUUGCGCCACCUUUUGGACGCCACCGAGCUGAGCACGCGCACAAAAAUUCUAUUGUUGGCCCAAAUGUUCGAAGCAGUCGCACAUCUCAAUCGACACGGUGUGGCGCAUCGUGACCUCAAAUCCGAUAAUGUGCUCAUCGAACUAAACGAUGAUGAUACACCGCCGGUUCUUGUGCUCUCGGACUUUGGCUGCUGUUUGGCCGACAAGGUGAAUGGAUUGCGUCUCCCAUAUGCCUCGUAUGACAUCGACAAGGGCGGAAAUGCGGCGCUUAUGGCGCCAGAGAUAAUCAAUUCGCAGCCAGGGCCCUUUACGGUGCUCAACUACAGCAAGGCCGAUCUGUGGGCGUGCGGGGCUCUAGCCUAUGAGAUCUUUGGCCAGCCCAAUCCCUUCUAUUCGUCCAGUGGCGGACUCGCCCAUGCCAAUGGCGAGCUCACAUAUUCGUUACGUAACAGCGACUACAAGCACGAGCAGCUGCCGCCCCUUACAGACGCCUGUCCGCCAAUCCUGCAGCAACUUAUUUACAACAUACUCAAUCCGAAUCCAUCGAAGCGCGUCAGUCCCGACAUUGCAGCCAAUGUCCUGCAGCUCUUCCUCUGGGCCCCCUCCCACUGGCUUAAGGCUGGUGGCAUGCCGAACAGUCCAGAGAUCCUGCAGUGGCUGCUUUCUCUUACAACGAAAAUCAUGUGCGAGGGCCGUCCCCAGUAUCAGGAUACCGGGAAUACGGGCGUCAACUUUUCGCAAACCGGAAGACGCGCCUACGUUGAGUAUCUGCUGAUCUGCAGCUUUCUGGCACGCGCCCGUUUGCGUCGCAUACGUGGCGCCCUCAAUUGGAUCCAAAAUGUGGUGGCGGCAUAGGCGUAGGAGGACAAGUACUUGAAGUGCAGCUGCCCCGAAUGGCGUUAUGUUAUUUUGUUAUUCUUAAAAAAUCAAAUGGAAAACGCGUGUGAUACCUAUAAUAUACAUAUAUCUAUAUAAAAUUUCGACAGUA